GUUUGAGAAACAGCAGUGUUUAUCGGAGGUACGUUUUUAUUGUGAAGGCUGCUCGGAAAUAGGAAGUCAACAAUAUCAGCCUCUUAAAAUAAUAUCCCAAGUCAUAUUUUGACAAUGGUUUGUUUUUUUGCCUUAAACAUCUCCUCUGCUACAAUGGGCUACAUCCCGAGCUAAACAAAUCCUUCUCGUCGAUGAAGGAGGAGAAGAAGAAGAAAAAGACGAAGAAGAAGAAGACGGCGAAGAAGAAGAAGACGGAAAAAGAAGAAGAAGAAGAAGACGAAGACUAAUACGUCGUAGUCGUUGUCACUGACAACCCUGCACGCCUUUUGGCUUAACUUUGCGGGCAAUGAGUGUCAUUCCGCGUAUCGCGCAGUUGUCUGCCCGUGUGGUUCGAGUUUUGGGUUGCAACCCGGGACCGAUGACGCUGCAGGGCACCAACACCUACCUGGUCGGAACCGGUAACAGACGAGUACUCAUCGACACGGGCGAAUCGGCCGUGCCCGAGUACAUCAGCAGUCUGAAGGAGGCACUGAGCAUGUUCAAUACCAGCAUUCAGGAGAUCCUGGUCACGCACUGGCAUCAUGACCACACGGGUGGCGUGGAGGACAUCUGCAGGGAAAUCACGGGUUCUGAGAUCCGUGUCAGCAAACUACCCCGAUCCAGCAAGGUCCAGGAGGUCUCGGGAAGCCACAAGUACACGUACUUGAAAGACGGCGAUGUGGUCCACACGGAGGGAGCAACACUCAAGGUGGUUUUCACGCCGGGCCACACUGACGACCACAUGUCGUUGCUGCUGGAGGAGGAGCAGGCUCUGUUUUCGGGCGACUGCAUCCUGGGCGAGGGUACAGUUGUUUUCGAGGACCUUCACGACUACAUGCGCUCGCUGAGGAUACUCAUGGACAUCCGCGCCGAUCUCAUCUACCCCGGUCACGGUCCCGUAGUACAGGACGCCGUCGCCAAAAUCCAGCAAUACAUCAGCCACCGCAAUCAGAGGGAACAACAGAUCCUGGCCGUCAUUCGGGACGCAGCUGGAAAGUCCUUCUCCUCGAUGGAGCUUGUCAAGAUUGUCUACAAGGACACUCCUGAGCAUCUGCAUGAGGUGGCCAACAUCAACCUGGUGCACCACUUGAAGAAACUGCAGAAAGAAGGCAAAAUAAGUCUAGUGACUGCUGGAUCGUCACAAAACACCACAUGGAAGAGUCAUCUUUGAUGAGGAGGAUGGAACAUAAUCAAUUUAAGUUGACUCAAAUGACUUCUGUUUAUGGGCCACUUCAAGUGAGGGAAGCCAAGUCAAGAAUGUUCUUGACUUGACUGUGGUACACGCCCCCUCAAGUCUAAACAUUGGUUUCUGAUUAAGGUCUCUGCUUUUUUUUGUGGGACAUGAAUUAAUCAGACAAAUCCAUCCAUUUUGAUUCAUCUCGGGGCGGCCAUUAUGCCUUGUGCAGUGUUCUAACAAGAGCCGCUGUUGAGAUUUCUAAUUUCUUUGCACUGAUGAAUGUAAAGUAUCGAUUUUUUUUUUUGAUGACUUGAGCAAUUGCAAUCACAAAAAGCAUCACAACAAUCAACCAAAUGGUUAUUUGUGAAUUGACAAAAGGGAACGUCAAGCUAAACGUGGGAACAGUAGUCAAAAGCAAAGAAAUAAAAAUGUUUUGUGAAAACGGCAUCAAAAGACUUCAAAAGCAACUACAAAAUUGUGAAAGUGAAUUAAGAAAUGGAACAGGAAUUUCUUGAAAAAACAAA